CACAGACACACACACGCACACACAUACACACACACGGAGUGCUCAAGAGCUACUGCUGAAGUCGGGAGCUGCUUGCUUGGCUGCUGCUGUCGCCGUCGCCUUCACCAAGCCGGGAUCUAUCCAUUCUCGACAUACAUUUUAAAAACCUCAGCCUGAUUCUCGGUCUUCGUCUUCUUCUUGCAAUCGCUCUGUCGCGAGUUGUUUGUUUUUCUGCCUUCCUCUUCCCCACUUUCAAAAAUCCCAAGCUUGGAUAUUACUUAGGCUUUGGAGAGGUUGGGAUAUAUAUAUAUUUCAUUUUUUAAAAAAUCUGGGCAUCCUUUUCGCCUCUCUUCUCACUUCUGCUCCCUGCGCUCCACCUUCCCUCCUCUUCCAUCUCGGUGGCUUUCCUUAGCCAAAAAAAUCCGGGCUGAUGUGCUGCACGCGAGGUUGGAAAUGGAAGUAUUGAGGCUUUGGUUUCUUCCUUGGAUAUUUCAGUGCGUUUCUGUGCGAGCCGACUCCAUCAUCCACAUUGGUGCCAUCUUCGAAGGCAACGCGGCCAAGGACGACGAGAUCUUCAAGCAGGCGGUGGCGGACCUGAGCCUCAACGAUGACAUUCUGCAGAGCGAGAAGAUCACUUACACCAUCAAACUCAUAGAAGCCAACAACCCCUUCCACGCGGUCCAGGAAGCCUGUGACCUGAUGACCCUGGGGAUAUUAGCCUUAGUGACCUCUACUGGUUGUGCCUCCGCCAAUGCCCUGCAGUCCUUGACAGAUGCCAUGCACAUCCCCCACCUGUUUGUGCAACGCAACACAGGCGGUUCCCCACGGACAGCUUGCCACCUAAACCCUAGCCUGGAGGAAGAAGAAUAUACUUUGGCAGCCAGGCCACCAGUUCGCCUCAACGAUGUUAUGCUAAAGCUAGUGACUGAGCUGCGAUGGCAAAAAUUUAUAGUAUUCUAUGACAGCGAUUACGUCUGUGAAGGGACAGGCCACUUCAGAGAAUAUAGCAAGCCACAGAUGGAAAGAGCUUUAAGCUUCAACAAAACAGAGCCUUGA